AAAGGGAUAUAUUGAGGUUCACCCUGAUGUUGGGAAAGAUGGAGGGCACAAGGAGAAGGGGACGACAGAGGACGAGAUGGUUGGACAGUGUUCUCGAAGGUGCCAACAUGAGUUUGAUCAAACUGCGGGAGGCAGUGGAAGAUAGUAGAGCCUGGCGUGCUCUGGCCCAGGGGGUCACAAAGAGUCGGACACGACUAAACGAAUAAACAACAACAACCUUGAAAAACAAGAUGUGGCCUUUGAAGUGCACUGUUGGGGGUGUGAACACUCUGUACCUUUACUGCAGAAGACCAGGGGCAGUUCUUCUGAAACUAACACCCCCUUCCCCCAAGUAUAUCAGGAUGUGCUCAUAACAGCCCACAAACUGCAUCAGCUGGUGGGCAGGAUUUCAAUCUAUAUUCUGAUUAGGCAAAGGAAUGUGAUGUUUCAUGCUUUGUCUUAUCUGCUGAUGGAGAAUGGAUUCCUCUUGAUGAUGCCAACUGAGUUGCAAGAACAUUUGCUGAUGUUGACGACAUUGGGAAAGUAUACACCAGUCUUAUGCACUUGUGCAUUUGGAUCAGAAGAUGACAGGAAGGAAGGAAGGAAGGAAGGAAGGAAGGAAGGAAGGAAGGAAGGAAGGAAGGAAGGAAGGAAGGAAGGACCCAGUGGAUCAGGGGACCACACAGCCCUGCCAUUCACUUCAGUUGCACCCUACGCAGAAGGUGAUAUUCCCCCCUAUUCCAGAUCAGGAAACUGCGUGGACAAAAAUCUCACCCAGCCAUUCAUGAUCACUCUGGAGAUGUGUUUCAUAGAAUCAUAGAAUCAUAGAGUUGGAAGAGACCACAAGGGCCAUCGAGUCCAACCCCCUGCCAAGCAGGAAACACCAUCAGAGCACUCCUGACAUAUGGUUGUCAAGCCUCUGCUUAAAGACCUCCAAAGAAGGAGACUCCACCACACUCCUUGGCAGCAAAUUCCACUGUCAAACAGCUCUUACUGUCAGGAAGUUCUUCCUAAUGUUUAGGUGGAAUCUUCUUUCUUGUAGUUUGGAUCCAUUGCUCCGUGUCCACUUCUCUGGAGCAGCAGAAAACAACCUUUCUCCCUCCUCUAUAUGACAUCCUUUUAUAUAUUUGAACAUGGCUAUCAUAUCACCCCUUAACCUCCUCUUCUCCAGGCUAAACAUGCCCAGCUCCCUUAGCCGUUCCUCAUAAGGCAUCGUUUCCAGGCCUUUGACCAUUUUGGUUGCCCUCCUCUGGACACGUUCCAGUUUGUCAGUGUCCUUCUUGAACUGUGGUGCCCAGAACUGGACACAGUACUCCAGGUGAGGUCUGACCAGAGCAGAAUACAGUGGCACUAUUACUUCCCUUGAUCUAGAUGCUAUACUCCUAUUGAUGCAGCCCAUAAUUGCAUUGGCUUUUUUAGCUGCCGCGUCACACUUUGUUUGUGGUAGAACAGACACUCUCCUUGUCCAUCUCAACAAGAUUGCCUCACUCUGAAGAAGGACCCCCUUUUUCUUCCUUAAAGUGAGGGAAAGAGGUGGGGCUUCAUUAGCUAACACAAUACACUCAAAGUAAGAGGCGCUGUGGAGAGAAGAAGCAAUGGCCACAUUUUGCAAAAUGGGUGGGCAGAUCCAGCAGCACUCUUCCUACCUUCUUACUUCCUCCUUGCCUAGCAUGACUCUCCUCCUUGCUAAUUUCCACUUCAUAGCAGCUGGAUAUUUUUCAAUCCACAGUGGCUUUCAGGUGAAAGAGAUCUUUCUGUACUUUGGUGUUCUGAUGCAAAAGAUCUCAGUGUAUGAUUGCGUUGAACCAUUAGGCUUCCCUUCUGCUGCCAAGUGUCUUUCACCACAUGCCAUUGCCUACCUAUCAGACUAUAAAUGAUGCAUAAACACCAGCUUCCCACCCAGGCAUUGCUCAACUGGAACACUUGAAUAAGGAAGAAUCAGCAGCUCAGAGAGAGAGAGAGAAGCUGAAAAACCAGAAACAGAUGCAGCCUUCCUCCAACCCCAGGCUCAGCCUCCUGUGCACCUGCCUUGUUCUGAUAUGGCAGCUCUCCUUUGGCUUCGCAAUGAAAAGAAAAGAAGCAGAAAACUCCUAUGGUCCCUAUGGCUGCCUCCGGGGCUGGACCAGAAGAGAGGGAAGCUGCUAUCGAAUCUUUUCCGACCCUUUGAGAUGGCAUGAUGCAAUGAAAACCUGCCGUAUAUUUGACCCGACUUCUGAGCUUGCCUCUAUCCAGGAUAUGAAAGAACUGCGUAGGGUGUCUAACAUGCUUCUAAUUCCAAAGGAACUACGUGUCUGGAUUGGAUUGUCAGUCAAGGAUAAGGAUGGAAAUUGGGAGUGGACAGAUGGCUCUGUUCCCGAGUUCCUACCGUGGACUAGGGGAGAACCUAUGACUAGUGGCAUCAACUCAUGUGUCUACUUGUUUCGUGGGGACGUUUUUUUGAGAUUUAGAGCUGAGGAUUGCCGAUAUGAAGAAUCCUAUAUUUGUGAACAUAAGCCAGCAUCUGCAUCCUCCUGACCUGUUCGCUCUCCCUGGCUGACCCCAUCAAAUCUCAGAAGCUUCCAUCCAACGCUGUCUUUCUACCUGCGCCUUUUUCAGAAUAUGAAAACGUCAGAGGUGCCCUUCUGCCCCAUUCCAGUGGCCCAUCUAUUUCAGCGUCCUGCUCUCACUCUAGCCUGCAAUAGAUCUAAUUGAAUCCUGCAAGUAGCAAGAGCCCCCUUCCCUGGGAGCCCAGGAUGAAGAAACUUGGGGUUCACCAACGUCAGGAGAAGAACAGCCUCCCCUUCCCUAAUAGAUGCCUCAGUCCAUUGUGAAU